AUGGGGGGAGGUUCCUGGGGCAUAGAGUGGCUUCCGGGAUACGAAUUUGCAAAAUCUGAUCCCAGAUUCGUGUUUAGCGACCCCAAAAACCCCUGGGAGUUACAAUUAGAAGAUCCAGAGAAGUAUCGCAGAUGCCUUCGUAUGAAUUCAGAUAUAUUUGAAGAUCUUGUGGAAAAAUUGAGCCCACUAAUUAAGAGACAGGAUACUCAUCUUCGGGACAGCAUCUCUCCUGCAGAAAGACUCGCUGUGGCAUUGCGCCAUUUAGCAACAGGUGAAACUCAAGAAUCAUUAUCUUAUAGUUUUCGUCUCGGACAAAGUACUAUAUCUGGGAUCAUAAAGGAUACUUGUCGUGCCCUUGUUUCUGUUUUGCAAGACAAAUAUCUUAAAUUUCCUGACAGUAAAUUGGCCUGGAAAGCAGUUGCCUAUGACUAUAUGGAGAGAUGGAAUUUUCCGAAUUGUUUGGGUGCCAUGGAUGGUAAACAUAUUCGGAUAGAUCCUCCAUUACAGUCUGGUUCUUCAUAUUUUAAUUAUAAGGAAACGUUCAGUAUUGUACUUUUGGCACUUGUGGAUGCUCAACUUCGAUUUAUAUUCGUCGAUGUUGGAACAAAUGGGCGAAUUUCUGAUAGAGGAAUAUGGAACAAAUGUCCCUUAAAACAUUAUUUGGAGACGAGUAAUGAUAUACCUCCACCAAGUUUUUUAUCAGAUACUGAACAAGAUUUUCCAUAUGUAAUCAUAGCAGAUGAAGGUUUUACUCUGUCUACAAAUGUGAUGAUACCCUAUCCUAAGCAACAAUGUACAGGCAAAAAAGAAAGAAGAAUUUAUAAUUAUAGAUUAUCUAGAGCAAGACGGACUUCGGAAAAUGGAUUUGGAAUCAUGGUCAGUAGAUUUAAUAUACUCAGGUCUCCUCUAAGAUAUGACCCAGAUGACGCUCGUUGGAUUGUACUAGCAAUUUGUUGUCUUCAUAAUAUGUUGAGAUCUCACAGUGUAGGCCGCAUGAUGUAUACCCCACCAGGAUAUAUUGAUAAGGAAGAUGAAAGGACGGGUCAACUUCAAUAUGGCGAAUGGCGAAAUGAACAAGGGCAAGGUUUACUAAAUUUGCAACAUCAAGGAGGCAAUCGCCAUGCUUCUGCUGCUAUAGCUAUGCGAGAGACUUUAUGUGAAUAUUUUAAUACCGUUGGAAGAGUGCCAGAUGAAGCAAUUCGUUAA